CAUUAUUCUCUUCAAUUCCCCUUUCAUAGAUUGGGUUAGAGAGAGAGCGAGGAAGCAUGUCGAGUGGAGGUGCGACGGCGGAGUUGGUGGUGUCGUUCGGGGAAAUGCUGAUCGACUUCGUGCCGGACGUGGCAGGCGUGUCCCUUGCGGAGUCGGGGGGGUUCAUCAAGGCGCCCGGAGGGGCCCCCGCUAAUGUCGCCGUAGCCAUCACCAAGCUCGGUGGCCGCUCCGCGUUCGUCGGCAAGUUUGGAGAUGACGAGUUUGGUCACAUGCUGGCGGACAUACUGAAGAAGAACGGGGUCGAGGCCGAAGGGGUUCGGUUCGACCCCAAUGCGCGAACGGCCCUCGCCUUCGUCACCUUGAAGAGCAAUGGCGAGCGAGAGUUCAUGUUCUACCGUAACCCCAGCGCGGACAUGCUCCUCACCGAGUCAGAGCUCAACCUUUCCCUCAUCAAACGCGCCAAGAUAUUCCACUACGGCUCCAUCAGCCUCAUCUCCGAGCCCUGCCGGACCGCCCACCUCGCCGCCAUGCGCGCUGCCAAGCAAGCUGGUAUACUCCUCUCCUACGACCCCAACGUGAGGCUUCCUUUAUGGCCGUCCGAGGAAGCUGCUCGAACCGGCAUCAAGAGCAUUUGGAAGGAGGCAGACUUCAUCAAGGUUAGCGAUGAUGAGGUUGCUUUCCUGACGCAAGGAGAUCCAUGCAAAGAGGAAACUGUGAAGACGCUGUGGUACGAUGGAUUGAAGCUGUUGGUGGUCACAGACGGUGAAAAGGGUUGCAGAUACUUCACAAAGGAUUUUAAAGGACAGAUACCAGGAUAUGCAGUGAAAACUAUUGAUACCACUGGAGCCGGAGAUGCAUUUGUUGGUGCCCUUCUGGUUUCAAUUGCCAAGGACAACUCCCUCGUCAAGUAUGAAGAGAAGCUGAAGCAGGCACUUACGUUUGCGAAUGCUUGCGGAGCAAUUUGCACGACAAAGAAGGGAGCAAUUCCGGCUCUUCCAACUGCAUCGAUGGCAAUGGAAUUGGUUGCCAAGGCGAAAUGAGUUAUCCAUGUCCCAUAUGCUUGCUUAUCUCAUGCGCUUUUCUUGAUUAUUUAUGAACCGAGAAACUUCAUCUUGUCUCAAUAAAAAUUAUUCCUAAUGGUAUCCAUGUAUU